AGAGCCAGAGAUAAGCAUAUAAUUACUUGACAGUCCCUUGAGGUCAAUUAACUGUCUAUUCACAUUCAUAUAAAGCUAUUUCUGUAAAUUAUAUUUAGGAUUGGGAUGGUUUUACAAAUAUGAGUGACACUAUAUAUAUGUGAAUAGUGUCACUCGUGAGUGUAAAAUUGGGAUCCUCAUUAGCAAUUGUUCCUUUCUGCUCCUUCCUCCUAUAGUGUAUGCUACAGUAAUCACUCAAUCAUAGUCAUACUUCUGCCAUAGCUCAGUGGAGAACAACAUGAUAUCUCAAAGGCUUUAUUGAUGCAAAGGAGCUCUUUAAUAUCUUCCCAAGAUAUGUUAUGGUUUGUAUGGGCUUUCACCAGUCUCCUAUAGUGGAGAAGAGGCAUUCGUGGAAUAAUGGAAAGUAGUGCGUGGUGCAAGAUGUCAUCAAAGCAGAGUGCUUGAGGUGAGAAGAUAAGAACUGAGAUGCUGUACUGGAGGUUUGAAAAUGAGUUUGAAGAGUUUGGAAUUGAUAUGGAAAGAUAGGAAAUCAGAACUUUUAUAACUUGAGGAAUGGUUACUAAGGCCAUUGGAUAAUUAUCUUGCCUAGCAGACAGGCCUGUGGUAGUUAAAAUCACAUUUGAAGAAUACACACAUGGUAAACUAAAUUGAGCUCUAAUUUAACUACUGUAAUUUGAAAGGAGAAAGGAUUGAGUUGUGUGUGCCAUAAUUUGAUUCCAAAGGGUUCAGUUCUUACAAACUAGAUGCUUAUGCUCCUAAAUGGAAUUUCUUCUGGCAGCUGUGCUGCCCAACUUGUUUCAGAACACUUUCCUUUCUUGAAAGCUCCUUUGUUAAGAUCCCUAAUAUAAAUAAUGUGUCAAAAAUAUUGCUCAGGGUAUCCAGGGGGGUGUUGUAUGUAGCGAACUAAACACGUUGCAUUAGCUAAUGCUUUUGGGUUCUAAAGCAUUUACAAAUUUAAAAAAUGUACACAGUCCCAAGCUACACUAAAUGAUCCAGAUUCUGCCCUCAUUAUACCCUUUCCUGUUACUUGGAAUGCAUGGGUGGUGUUGAGGGCAAAAUUGACCCAAAUGGAUGAAUGAAGGAGAGUUUUAAAAAAAAGUAAUAUCUACAUUCCCUUUCCUCUGUGAGUCCCAGGUUUUUAAAACCAGGAGAGACUCUAAUGAUUCUUGUAUAACACUGUGAUCCUAGCUUCUAGCUCAGCAUUGGUAAAUAUUCAGCUGUAAUAACCAUCUGUGCUCUCAUUCAUUUCCUUUCAGAUAAAGUAUGUGCCAGUAUUUUUAAUAAACUGUUCUGCUGAUGCAGAAGCACAGCUGCCUUGCUGUGGUUUGAAAUUGUUGCUUGUGGGGAUGGGUGACUGGACAAAGAUGCAGGUUGGCCUCUCGUUUCAACUUGAAGACUGGCUAAUGUCAGAAGUACAGCAGGAUGUAUGUCAUCUUGAAACUAUGUGGAAAUGGGGCACAGGAGAUGAUGCGUCCCCUAACAAAGCAGUUCAUGGCUCGCAAGAUGCAGCAAACAUGUCAGUGGCUGAUUUGACUGAACAGCUGACACGAACUGAACAGCUGGUAACACAGCUUAAAGAACUUAUCAGAGAGAAGGAUAAUGAACUUCGAAAUAGAGAUCAGCAGUUAAAGGAAGAAAAAGAAGCUUCUGAAGCCAGGCUUUCCAAAGUAAAGCUUCAAAACAAAGCCAAGGUGACAUCGCUAACCUCACAACUAGAAGAACUUAAGAAGAAAUUAUCAGGAUCAGAAGAGCAAGACAAAAAAGCAGAGCAAAAAAAGAGAGUAUCUAGAGAUGGUGAACAGGAAAAUGCUGCAGCUAACCGUGGGAAAUUAUUAGUACUUAGAAGGAAGGUUGAAGAACUAGAAUUCCAGAACACACAAAAAAAUGAAGAACUACAAAAAAAGAUUGCCGAAUUGGAAGCCCAGCGUCAGCGAGGAACUGAAAUGGAUGUCAUGCUUGCAGAGAAGGAAAAGAAACUCGCUGAAAAAGAAGCCUACAUCAUUGAUUUGCAGUUAGCAUGUGACUCAAGCAAUGUUAGGAAAGAAACACUUGCCCCUAGUGAAGAAUUGAAGAAUCAGCUGUCUGUGAAAGAGUCUUCACUGCAGAGCAUGCAGAUUUUAGUUCAAAACCUUACCAAGAAGGUUGGAGACAGCGAAGAAAGAUGUAGCCUGCUCCAGGAACAGAUUGAGAGUCUUAAAAACCUUCAGCUCAAAGAGAGAGAUCAUUUCCAGGAAAGAGAAGCCAUGUAUAUAGAAAAUAUACGCAUGUUUCAGAAUAUUAUCCAGGAAAAGGAGAAGGAACUGGCUGGACAAGCCCAGAAACACGAGCAAGAGCUCUUUAAAUUAAUUGCUAAAUCUGAUGCCAGUGCUGAUCUAGAACAGUUACUAAAGGCAUUGAAACAGAAGCUACAUGAAAAGGAGGAAGUCAUGCUGGGUAGGACGCAGGUGAUAGUCAUGCUGCAGAAAGAACUGGAUGGCAAGGACCAACUGCUGAAAGAAAUUAAUGAAAACUUGAAACGUCUUCAGUCAGAGAAAGAGAACCUCCAGUCUAAACUGGAUGCUGAGAAACAUGUAAUGAGAGCCCAACUAAGAGACAUGAUGGAGAAACAGGAACUUGAAAUGACAAAGAUGAGGGAGAAACAUAAUGCUGAAGUUCAUGAGAUCAAAGAGAAGCAUGAAACUGAGCUGCAAGAGAAAGACCAAGCUCUUCUGCAGCUUCAGAAACAAGUAUCAGCAUUAAGAAAUAAUGGGCAAAGUAACUCAGAACAAGCUAUAGAUGUUGAUGCUGUAAUUAAACAACAGAUGGAACAGCUAGAAGCUCAAAUGAAGCUGAAAACAGAAGAGGCCAGCAAAUCUGAAGCUAAGUUCCUUAAAAUGAAGGCUUGGUCCAAAUCAAGAAUCAAACAACUGGAGGAUGAGCUGAAAGCUGUACAUUUAUCAUCAAAGAAUAAUGACAUAUCUGCCUUAAACAACUGUAUCUCAGAAUUAGAAAUUGAAAGGGAAGAACUGCAAUCAAAACUGCAAGCAUUUUCGGAACUCAGAACUCAAAAUGAAGAGCUGCUAGUCAAGCUGGAAAUAUAUGAAGAGCAGCAGCGAAAACUGCAGGCUGAUCUCGAACAAGUUACAAAGAGGGCAGCCUCACAGACCAGUGAAUCAGGCAGUGUGGAUGAGUUUCAGAGUCAGCUUUUGGAGUGGCAGGAGAUUGUCCCGGAAUCAGAGGAAGUACAUGACCAAGUCAGAGAGGAGAAAUCUGCCAUAGCCCUGAGAAUGGCACAGAUUGAAGAGGACAGAGAAGAACUGAUUGAGGAUGACUGGUUCUUUCCUGGCUGCUCUGAUCCAGCCAUAGUCUCAGGGCAGCAGGAGCUGGAGGAGGAACUGACUGCAGCUCAAGGAACUGGCAGGCUGCAGCAGGCAAGAAGGAAGAGCAACUUGGCCAGCGGAAAACAUCGGGAAGAAUACAGCUUUGAUAGAAAACAAUGCUUUGAAGAUCUGAAUGUCACCUUGGAUAGUACUGAUUCAGCUGAAGGAGAGAACAUGGGAGGUUGGUGGCCAGAGUACACUUCUCCUAAUGCAGGUUUACGGACAGUAGUUGAAGAGUUGGAAUUGGAAAGAAAUCAGCUACAAGAACAAAUUAUAUUCCUUGAGGAACGUUGUCAGGAUUUGGAAGAUAGAUUACAGCUGCAAGGCAGAAUGGAAGCUCUUCAGAGUGAAAAUGAACGUUUGCAAACCCAGCUCAAUCAACUGCGUACUCAGCAAACACGAGAUGCAGAAAAGCACCAAGUGCUUGUUUCUAGUUUGAAUGAGCAGCUUAAAGGAUUAAGUGAUAGAAAGAGCUUUCUUGAAGCUUCACUUGGAGAGAAAGAACAAAAGCUGUUGAACACAACAGAAAAACUAGAACAGAUUGAAAAUUUGAGGAAAUUUCUUCUGGAAAAAGAUCUUUUGAACAAGGAACUUGGUGAAAAGCUUGUGCAAACUGAACAAAAGCUGGAUGAAGUCUUGAAGAAGUCUAAUGCAUAUGAAGUGGAUUGUACUGAACAGAAAAUAGCUAUCAGUGAUCUAACAGAAAAAGUUGCUACAUUCAAGGAAAAGAUCUUGAAACAAGAUGCUGUGGUAGAGUCAAUGCAACUGGAACUUGACCAAACAAAUGAAGAACUUGAUAGAUUGAACACAAACCAUUUAGAGGAGAGAUCUCAACUAAUUCAAGACCUACAGCGACGUGAAAGAGAAAUUGACAACCUCAAGGAAGUAUUGGUGGAAAAAGACAAAGAAAUGUCUGCUCUCUCUUCCAGUAUGACUGAGUAUUCUGAACAGAUUGUCAUUUUAAAACACCAAAUCCAUUGCAAAGAGGAAGAAAUACGAGAGAUGGAAGAAGCAUUGUCAAAGGCUGAAAGAGAAACCCUCUUACUCAAAGAAGUUCAAACAGCUGAUGUAAGAGAUGCAAGCAUGAAGAUUUCUGUACUUUCUGAGCAGAGUAAUAUAAUGGGAUUGGAACUGGAGAAAUCUAAAGGCCAGACUGAAGCUAAAACCAAAGAAAAUGAGGAGUUGAUAAGACAAAUCAGUGAGAACAGCACAACUAUUAAGGAUCUGCGUUCUGAAAUCAAGUCCAAUAAGGUUACAUUCCAUAACAAGCUCAUGGAGUGUGAAUCACAGAUUACUUUGCUGAAAGAACAAAUUAUUAAAAGUUGUGAAAAACUACAAGAAAUUGAGGCAAAACACAAGGAAGAAACUGAAUAUUUGAAAUCCCAGCUUCAUGAAAUCAGCUCUACAAAUGAGAAACUAAAGAGUCUGCUUAAAGAGAAAGAGAUCGGAGAACAGAGUUUUGAGAAGGAGUUGAAGUCAGUUAAAGAUUUAUACAACAAGCUAGUUUUGGAAGCUGCAAAAAAAGAUGAAGAAUUGGCUAAGUUAACCACACAGCUUGCAGAACGUACCGAAGAGCAAGAAACAGUUACAAAGGUUUUACAAGAGAAACUAGAGACAAUUACAUCAUUAGAGCAAAAACUUCAGGUUGUUGAGCAGCAAAGUGAAGAGACUAAACUUAAAUUAAUUGGGGACCUGAAAGCCAAAGAGACACAAUUUAAAGAACUUAAGAACCAAGUAACUGAAAGACAAGACAUAGUUAGUAAGAUGGAAACAGAGACACAGGCAAUUAUUUUAAUUAAUAAGCAGUUUCAAGCAGCUCUCGAGGAGAAAGAAAAAGAUUUGUCAGAGCAAAUAAAAGGAAAUGAAGAUCUGAGAAAUAUCAUAGAUACUAUGGAAAAAGAAAAGCAACAAUUAGUCAGUGAAAAUGAGAGUUUGUCCAAACUAUUAGACAUGAAGGAAUGUGAGCUGUUGACGAGAAACAAGGCUGUAGCAGAGAUGGAGAAUAAGUUAUCUGUCAACCAAACAGAGUACCAAAAAUCCCUUUCAGAGCUAAAUUAUGAUAAGGAGGAGCUAUUGAAAAAGGUUGAUCAACUUUCAACACUUGUAGAGCAAAAAGAAAAUUCAGUCACAGAACAGCUGCUAGAGAAAACAAUGGAGUGUAAUGUGCUAACCAAUCAGUUGUGUGAAAGCAGGGAUCUGACACAGCAGUUACAUGAACAAGUACAGUCAUUCAUCAUUCAGUUGAAGGUUGCUAAAGACAGAGAAGUAGAAAAAGAAGAAAUGUUAAAUAGUAAGUUGACUGAGUGUAACGCACUAGUCCAACAGCUUAGCCAGAGUGAGGAAAAAAUAUUAAUAUUACAGAAACAAAUUCAAGACAUAACUGUGGAUAUUGAAGCGAAAGAAGAACAAAUCCUUCAUAAUGAUUCUUUACUUAAACAAGCAGAGCAAAAUAAAAUGGAUAUGGCAGAGUUACAGAAUGAAGUUCAAAAGCUUAAGGAGGCAAAUAUAAGGUUAUCUCAGUGGGUGGAAGAGAAAGAUUUUAAUAUAAAAAAUCAAGGUGUAGAGCUUGAGAAUCUACAUAGGCAGAUUGCGGAGAAAACUGAAAAAAGUGCCAUAUUAAAUAACCAAAUAGAACUUCUAAGGAAGGAACGGGAUGAACUAAAACGUGAAAAGGAAGACAUUUCAGUUAUAUGUAGCAAAAAGUCAAGUGAAUAUACUGAUCUUCAGUCUCAGUUGAUGCAGCACCAGUCAGAAAUUGUGUCAGCAAAGCACCAAGCACACACACUAAACCUAGAAAAUGAAAAAUUGAAAGUAGACAUUGAAACAGUCAAUUCUACAGUAAUGAAAAAGUCAGAUGAAAUAACUGCCUUAACUUCACACGUGUCUCAGCAAGAUAAUAUCAUUUUAGCUUUGAAACACCAAAUGGAUAGUUUAACGACUGAAAAUGAAAAAUUAAAAUUUGGCUUUGAGGAAAAAGAAGGUCUCCUUUCUGAGAAGGCAGCUUUGAUUCAGCAAAUGAAAGAAAAUGAAUUGUCAGGGGAAAGGCAGCAUUUGAAAAUGUCAGAUUUGCAAAACCAGGUACAAGCUCUAAGCUUUGAAACUAGUCAACUUAGACAGGCAGCACAAGAAAAAGAGAGAGAAUUUAAAAAGCAAGCACAAGAAUUAAAGUUGUUUAAAGAUAAAUCUGAAGAGUCUGAUUUACUUAGAUUUCAACUGUCUGAGAAUAUGGAGGUAAUUUCUGACCUUCAGUGUCAGCUUAAAAAUAUGAUGCAAAAAACAGCAGAAUUGAAUCAGUCAGUUACACAGAAAGAUGAGUCUUUAAAGCAAAAAAUAGAUGAAUAUGUUAGUUUGAAAACACACAUUUCUGAAAUACAGGACUCUUUCUGUAAGCAACAGAAACAGUUAGUGUCUUUGACCUCUGAAGUGAAACAGUUAAAAAUAAUUGUUCAGGAGAAGGAAUUGGCUGUCAAUAAUGUCACGUUGGUUAAUGAUAAAUUGAAGACAGAUCUUCAUAACAAAGAUAGAGAAUGUGAGGUCUUAAGGAACCAGGUUACGGAUCUGGAAGAAGCCACACUAAAACUAAAGGAAGAAACAAAUGAUCAGAAAAAUAUAAUUAAUUAUAUUAGCCAGUCCAUGCAAGAAAAAGAAUCUUCUCUUAUGGAAAAAACAAACCUCCUCGAAAAGCUAAGUGAGAAAGCAAGUAAGGAUGAAGAGAAGAUACAGUUAGUUUCUCAGCUUCAGAGUCAGAUGCGUGAACUGACACAGGAAAUACGAAAGUCCAAAGACCUGGCACAGGAAAAAGAAAAUGCCUUCUUAUCUCUGCAGGAAAAAUUUGCAGCUCAGUACGAGCAAAGAAACGAACUUAACAUAUCACUUAGUAAGAAAGAGGAAGUUAUAGUUGAGCUGCUUAAGUCAUUAAAUGAAAAAGAUGUCAGUAUACAGCUGGCAGAGAGCAACAUUAGUGCUCUUACUAAUGAGAUAGAGUUGCUUAGAGAGGAACUAGAGAAACAUGCUGCAGCUGUUAAAAGCCUUACUAGUGUUUUGCAUGAAAAAGAUGAAAAUCUUGUUGUUAAGCAGAAGGAUAUUGAUUCUCUGACAGUUGAACUAGAUUCUAUAAAAAGUGAACACCAAAAAGCACAAGACCAAAUAAAUAUAUGGAAAAAAGAUACACAGCAAAAAGAGCUAACUUUACAGAAUCUCUAUGAACAGUGCACUGAGCAGGCUAAAAAUAUUGAACAUUUAAAGUCUGAGCUGAGCAAUGUACAUUCCAAAUCCUCUCAAGACUGCCAUGACAGCACAAUUUUAAUAGAGAGACUUCAGCAACAGGUGGAUUCUUUAGUGAAGGAGAAAAUUCUCUUACAAGAGAAUAUUGGUAAGUUGAUUGUAGAAAACAAAGAACUCAACACAUACCAAAAUCAGUUACAACAGAAAACAGAAGAACUACGAGAAAUCCAUGAAAAACUAGACGUGACUGAGAAUUACUCAAGAAUGCAGAUAGAUGCUGUCAAAUUACAGAUGAAGAAUGAAAAAGAACAGUUACAAAUGCAGGUUAGUGUGAAGGGUGAAGAAGUCUCUGAAUUAAAGUUUAAAAUUGAAAAGUUAGAACAUAGUCUGCUUGAGUCAGAAAACAAGUCGGGGACAGAACUGGAUAGGGCAACUCAGCAAAAUGCUAUUUUUAAAGAGCAGCUGAGCGAUUUAGAAAGUGAAAUGAAAGCAAAGGAUGGUAAAAUCCAGUCUUUACAGCAGGAGCUGGAUAUUAUAGAAGAGAAGCUAACUGAAAGGUUAUCUGCAUUACUUAGUAGUAGACAUUUCUUCAAAGAAAAGGAUGCAGAAACUUCAGAUGUUGGUUUGCAAGUUAGCAGUAGUAGUAAAACUAAAUUGGAAAAAUUCUCUGCUAUGAUAUCUACUAUUCUGAGCAAAGAGAUGGAAGACAAAGAAUUUCAACUUCUUUUAGAAAAGGAGAAAGAAAUGGAGACUAUAAAAGAUAAGUUAAAAAGUAUGCAGUCAAUAGAGAAGGAAAAGGAGUUGUUGCAAAAUGAUCUUGAAAAGGUGAAAAGCACCUGUCAUUCUGAAAUUGAAUGUCUGUCAAAAGAAAUGGCCAGUGUCAAAGACACAUUAUGUAAGCAGCAGUUUCUUGCAGAAGAAAAAGAAAAAUUGUUAGCAGAAAGGAACAAGAAAAUUAUUUUGCUUCAAGAGAAGUUAGAAGAAUCAGAAAAAGAACUUAAAAUCAGUCAUGAGAAGUUGAACAUUGAAGGUAAAAAAAUAGUGAGUCUCCUAGAAGAUAUAGAGAAAAGAGACCACCUUGUAGAAAAUUUAACUUCACAGACUAACCAGCAGACUGAUAUAAUUUCUGCACUAAAUCAGCAGCUGAAAGAAAAGGAUUGUUUUGUUGUUCAAGUCAAGGAAUCCAUGUCUAGUGAAAUGGUGAAGUUUUCUGAAGAGAGAAAUAUAUUGAACACCAAACUACAGCAUCUGGAAGCUGUUCAGAGUACUUAUGUAGGAGAUAUUAAUCAAAUAUCCCAGCAACUUCAAGAUUGUAAGACAGAACUGAAACAUAAUCAAGUUAAAUUAAGCAACAAAGAAACUGCAUUUAAAGAUUUAAUGAAUGAAAAAGAGCAACUGCAUUUUAAUCUUGAGAAAUUAGUUAAGGAAAAAGAGAUCAUGAAAAAGAAACUUCAAGCUGCAUUGAUAAUAAGAAAAGACCUAAUGCAAAAACUUGAAAAACUUGAAAGGAUUGGGCAGGAAGAAAUAGAAAAAGAGCAUAAAAAAACAGAGGAAUUAUUGAAGAGGGUUGGUGAGUUAACACAUCAGUUGAAAUUCGUUGAAACACAAAAUAAAGAUCUUGAGUCCCAUCUUGGAACUGUGAAGCAGCAGCUAUUUGAGAAAGAUUCCAAGAUAAAUAACAUGAAUGAAAGUUUUUCUGCUAAAGUCUCCAGUAUUGAGCAGCUUGAGAACAGUAUUGCACAGUUAAAAGAUAUCCUGGCUGAAAAAGAAAAAGUAUCUGAGCAAAACCUAAAGUCCAUGCAGGAAAAAGACUCUGUGCUUGCUCACAUGCAGUCCGUACUUAGUGAGAAAGAGAGAGAAUAUGGAGAAGAACAUUCUCAACUUCUUGCAAUUCUUGAAAAUCUGAAGGCUGAAAUUGUAGAUGACAAGGAGGAAUUACUUAAAGAUACUAAUUUGGUAGAACCUUACACUGGUAAUCGGCCAGGUCAAUUAGAAGAAGAUAAGGAAACCCUUCAGAAGAAACUUCAGGAAUCACUUUUGUCCUGGAAAGAAAAUAUUAAGAAAUUGCAGAAAGAAAAGGAAGAAUACACUAAACUUGUAGCAGAUUUUGAUGAACAAACUAAAAACCUUGAACUUCUCAAAAAUGAACACAAAACACUCCAGGAAGUUCAUCAAAGAAAGUGUAAAGAGUUGGAUUGUAGUCAGCUGUUAGCUUACUCUCUACAGAAAGAGUUGGAGUCUCAUGUGGCAGCACUCCAAGAACAAGAAACUACUGACCAAAACAGGUUGGAGUCAGAUGAACAAAAACACAAGGUUCAAGAUGUUUUAGGAAAAUCAGAACAGAAAAUGUUUGAAAUGUCAAUGAAAGACAGUGAGUUAGAGAAACUAAGUAAUGACUAUGCACAACUUUGCGAACAAACAAAAAUGUUAAAGGAAGAGUUGAGAGAGACAUCAGUUGAACUUUGUGAGAAAAUAGGAGAGACAGUAGAUUUGAAGAAUUCUAUGAAUCAGCUGGAACAGCAGCAUGAGCAACACAAAAACAGCUUAUUAGUUGAAAUGGUUCAACUGCAUGAAAAGUUGAAAAAGUAUGAGACUGAGAUAAUGGAUCUUAAAAAUAUGAUUGAGUGCAUAAAUAAUGAAAAGGAAGCUGUAAUUAAAAAGAGUGUAGAGGAUUACAAGAAGGAAUCUGAAAAACUUAAGGUUGAUCUUCAACAAGCCAAUAUACAAGUUGCAGAAAAGGAUGAGGAAAUUAAGACACUGCAUUGUACUCUAAUAGAUUUCAAAGAUAAAUUUGAUCAGGAAAAGGCAAUAUUGAAAGAAGCUGUGCAGUUACAGCUCAGUUUGCAGGAAAGCCAGGAAGAAGCCAAACAUUUUAAAAUGGCUUUUGAAGAAAUGAACAGAGAGAAAGAAGAGUUCAUCAACAGUUUGGAGAAAUCCAAUGCAGAAUUACUCAAUAUGAAAAAGGAAUUAAAACAUUUCAGUGAAGAAAACAAACUACUAUUGAUGGAGUUAAAUAUGCUACAUGAAAAGACUGUAGAAGCUUCUGAGGGUAGCAAUACUAUGGUAUUAUGCAGGAAAGUUAAAGAUGAAAAUGCUACUGGCAAGGAACUGGCACAGUCACAUUCAGAAAUUAAUUUGCUCCAAGGGCGAUUACAAGACAGAGAAAUCUCUAAUCAGUCACAGGAACAUGAUCAUUCUGGGAGAACUAAGCUAAUAGAAGGAACAAAAUAUAGAAUUCUGAAACAAACAAAAGCAACCCCAGAGCAGAUGGAGAAAAAUAUAAAUGUGGAUGAGCUUCAUCCACAAGAGCAAAAGGACACUGUAGAUGAAAAGUCAAGAGAACGUAUCCAAAGAAAGCUCCAAGCAGCCUUAAUAUCACGUAAGGAAGCCCUGAAAGAAAACAAAUUUCUAAAAGAUCAGAUUGAUAGAAUAAUGUUAGAAAAAGAAGAAAUGACCAAUAAAGCUUGUACUCUUGAACGCUUGUUGUCUGAACUUGGCAGAGUAAAACAAAACUCAGAUACUAUUUCUUCAUUAUGCGAAGAAGAGUCCCUUGUUUCUGAAAAUGCUAGGCUCUUAAAUGAAAAUGAAAACCUAACUGCUGCUUGUGAAAGUCUUAAAUCUACCAUGGAGACUAUAGUUCAGGAGAAAGAGGCUUUUUCUUUCCAACUUAAUACCUUAAAAGAUUCUCAGACAGUUGAAUUAACAGGAUGGAAAGCUAAACAUAAUGAAUUAAAGCAAGAAUACGAGUCACUUCUGCAAGCCUAUGAGAAUAUCAGUAGCAAAAUAGCAGAAAUGAGGCAGAUUAUUGAUAUCACUAGGAAAGAAAAGCAAGAAGCUAUUCACAGAUUCAGUGAAAGGGAAUCUGAAAAACAUGAGCUUGAAAAACAGCUUCAAGAAGCCAUUAACGAAAACAAAGAUAUAAGGGACCAACUGAAACAAUUUGCUGAAUCCAAACAAUUGGAAAUUGAUGAAGUAAACAGUAAAGUAGAAAAGCAGACCCGUGAACAUGCAUCAAGGAUGGAAGAACACCAGCAUCGUCUUCAUGAAGCUGCUCUGCAGAACCAGGAGCUAAUGGAGGAAAAUGUACAAUUGAAGCACACGUCUGAAAACUUAAAGCAGGCAUUAGAGAAAACUGAGAAUGAAAAUGAGAUCUUUCAUAAUAACAUUAGUGUAACUAAAUUAGCUUUGGAAAACCUGCAAGUUCAAAUGGAUGUGUCCCAGACUGAUAUGCAAUCUAAAAUCAGCGAUGUUUUAAAUGAAAGAGAAUCAUUAUUACAGCAGAUUGCUUUGUUAAAUGAUGAUAUUUCAGAAAAAGAGAGAAAUAUGCACAUCAUAGAGCAGGAGACAGAAUUGAUUUCAGCAAAACUAAAAGAAACUGAAGAGUCUUUGGACCAGAAAAACAACCGUCUGUCAAAGUUAGAAAAUGAAUCUAGAUGUCUUAAACAAGAAAUUGUUAGCUUAAAUGAAAGAGUUAAGAUUUUAGAAGAUGACAAGUGUCUUCUACAGGAAGAACUUGAAAAUGUGCAAGAAAUUUCUUACAAAGUAAAAAAUGAGAGAGAAUUUCUGGAGACAGAGCUGCUCAACCAUAUUAAAAAAGUGGAUCAGCUGACAGACAAACUGAAGUCUGCACAGUUACAAAACAGUUUGCUUCUUCAACAGUUGGAAGACUUAAAGGCAGAGAAGUUCAGUGUGAUUAGGGAAAAAGAGGAACAACAGUUGCAUCUUGUAAAAGUAUUAGAGGAGAAAGUGAAAUGUGCCCAGAGAGACAAUAGUGGUACAAAAAACAAAACCAAAGAAUUACAAGAGCUCUUAAAAGAAAAACAGCAAGAAAUUAACCAGUUGCAAAAAGAUUCUAUUAAAUUCCAGGAACUGAUUCUGGACUUGCAAAGAUGUAAGAAAUUAGCACAGUCAAAGAGUGAAAAAUUUGAAAAAGAUUUAAAUAAUGCCACAGAAAAGCUUGCAAAAUCAAAUGAAGUGAUACAUAAUCUGAAUGAAAAUCUUUCUUCCCAAAAAGCUUUGUUGGAUGAGUCAAAGAUUGAACUUGAAAGGCUUACAGCUGAGAAUUUGAAUAGGAAAAGGGAACUAAAGAAGAAAGAAGAUCAACUACAAAUUCAGAAGAGAGAAUGUGAGAGAGAAUUAGAACUUGGCCUUCAGCAACUGAAAACAGUUCACAAAAGAGAAUGGUCGGACUUUGAAGAAAGACAUAAUAUUCUUCAGAGAGAGAAAGACAGGGCUGUUAGUGAUCUACAUCAGUUGCAAGAGCAAAUCAACACUAAGGACUCUCAAAACAAGAAACUUCAAGCAGAUUUGAAUGCAACAUUGGCCAGAUUAGCAGCUUUUACAAAAUGUAUUUCCUCUCUCCAAAAUGACCGGGACCGGGUAAUUGGUGAAAUGAAAACCUGGGAAAUACAGUUUAAAGAAGUUAUUCAAAAUAAAGAGAAACAGCUGGAUGAUAGUAGUAAGAAAAUAAUAACCUUACAAGAAGAAAUGAAGGACAAAGUGGCACAGAUACAGGAAUUGAAAAUUAAAUAUUCCAUGUUAGAAGAAUCUAAGAAUGAAAUGCACUUGUGGCAAAAAUCUGUAGAUGCACAACACUAUAGUGAGUUAUGUAGAAUAAAGGAAGAAAAUGCUAUUCUUAUCAGCAGACAACAAGAAUUAGAAAUUGCUCUUCAGUCAAAAGAACAAGAUUUACAAGCACUGCUUAAAGAAAAUAAUUCUCUUAAUCAUCUUUUAGAGAUUAAUAGUGAUGCAAGAAGAGAGAUAAAAGCAUUAGAAAGUAAUUUUGCUAAAAAAGAACAGGAAUUACAACAACUUUUAUUUGAAAAGGAAAAGACUCAUGCAGAGUUGGAAAAACAGAUUGCCAUUUCUCAACAAAUGAAGGUAAUGUUGAACAACAAAGAUAGAGAAAUUUCUCUACUGAUUUCUUCUAAGGGUGGGGAAAUAUCUGCAUAUCUAACUCGGAUACAGACUCAGCAUAGAGAACAGAUGAACGAAUGUGAACAACAGAUAAGAUCUCUGCAAAAAGAGAGAGAACAAUUUGAUGAAGCCUAUCAGAGGAUGGAAAAUGAAUUGAAAAAUCUCCAGAAGAAAGCAGACAAAGCAAUUCAAGAUAAGGCUGAGAUUGCCAAUGAAAUUGAUGCAUUUAAAAAAUCAAUGUCAUCUCUCCAGUAUGACAGAGAUGAUCUCUUUUCUAAAUACAGAGAUCUGGAGCAUCAUCACCAAAAUGUUUUAAGUCAGAAAGAAAGUUUAUUAGCCAACAGUGCUAGUGAGAACAGUACCCUGAAACAAGAAUUAAGAAAACUUUUGAAUCGGAUAGAUGAUCUUCAUUCUGAAAAUGCAAUGCAAAAUGCACAACUAAUAAAGUACCGGGAAGAUCUUAACCAAGUUUUGUCAUUGAAGGAUCAUCAGUUGAAAGAGUUGCUUAAACAGCAACUGGAUUGCAUUAAGAACCUUGAAAAGGAAAAAACUGAUCUUCAGAAUCAACUCAAAGAAAUGGCGCUGACUAAUAAAUUGCAGAAGGAAAGCGGAGAAUCUCUAGAACAUGAAAAUAAAAAAUUAACUUCCAAAGUUAAAGAUUUAGAGACUCUAAUUGCAUCACUAAACAAAGAGAAGCUGGUUUCUGACUUUGGAGAGAAACCACAAACUAGGGGGAGUAGGCAACAUAAUCAGAAUAAAGAUUUCAAGGCUCGUGUACAACAUCGGGAACAAUUUCAGAACAUAUUUCAAGAUGUCGAGAAUGUAACAGGCAAAAAUCCAAAAGAUAUAGAAGAUAAAUAUAGUAUGACAGAAUUUGAGCAUGAUGCUAGCUUCCUGUGGAAGGAAGCUGAUGAGUCUUCAGAAAGGAGGCUAUUAGAAGCACAAUUUCAGAAUAAAAAGCUGAGAUCCCAAAAUGAGUCCUUUGGAAAAGCUAUGACUGCUUUGCAAGAUGAUAGAGACCAAUUAAUAGAGGAUUUUAAGCUACUUGAAUGCAAAUAUGCAUCUGAACUGAAGUUUGAAAGGAAAAGAGCAGAUAAACUUGAAGCUGACCUUAAUGAUUUUAAAUCAAAUCUCUUCACUGUGUUAAAAGUAUAUGAAUAUUUGAACUCAGUGCUUAUUGAUGCUGAAAAUGAGAUCACUCUUGAUCAACUUGCUGAGGAAAUAGAAAAUUUGUGCAAGACAUUAGCCGCCAAAGACCUUGAAAUUACCAGGCUCUCAUCAGAGUGUGGGAAUUAUGUUCAACAGAUUGAUGCCUUUUCCAAGUCAAUGGCUAGUCUUCAGGAUGACCGAGACAGAUUGCUGCAGGAGCUGAGCAAGUCAAAGGCUAAAGAAGGAGCUAAUCUUGCAGCUGCUGAGAUAGCAAAUUUAAAGAGCAAGGUAGAUGACCUUGAGAGAGCCUUGCAUCAGACAAAAGCUUUCCAAGAGGAAACUGAGAUACAGAUAUCAUCAUACCAGAAUGAACUGGCUGGAUUGAGAAUGGAGAAAAACCUCCUGCUGACGGAGUCCCAAACACUACGAAAUCAGUACCAGAUGGCUGUUGCAGACAAGGACCGGCAGAUUGCAGAAUUACAGAAAUUACAGCAUGACAUGAUUGUUAAAGAAUCUGUGUCCAUUGAUAGCAAUUACCCUAUCAAGGCAUUAGAAACAGCCACUCUGGUUGGAAGUCCGAACACCCCCGAGCAAGUCAAACAUCUUUUAGCUGAGAGGAGCCAGUUUCACAAUGAAUUGCAACGCUGUCUUCAGGAAAUGCACCAGAGGGAGCUGCGUUUCCAGCAGAUGAACUCAAAGGUAAUGCAGUCAGUAGAAGAGAAUGCUGUAUUGUCUGCCCAGUUGAAGACAGUAUCACAGACUCUAAGAGAGAAUCAGCUGCGUUACACUGAUCUGCAAAACCGUUAUUUUAGACUUGAGAGGGAAUACCAGACAGUGCAAGUUAACUCUUUCCAAGAUACUACUCAGGGUGAAACUAGAGCAGAAGUUCCCCCAGGAGCUCCACAAGAAAGAGCCGCAGUUAUUGUUGAAAUAGACAAUAUGGAACUAAAUGAACUAAGAAAAAGACUUGCAGAGACAGAGCAACAGUAUGAUUCAGUGCAACAGGCCCUGUCACAAGUGACAGAAACAUUGUCAGAAGAAAGGAGCAGGAGAGAAGCUGCAGAAGAAGCCUUAGGACUUGCUGAGGAACAAUGUAAAAGACAUGAAACGAGUAGUUACAGCACUGUAGCUAGAGAAUACACUGUUCAGAUGGAGUCUGAUGAGGAAAGAGAGGCUUUGAUCAUCAAUCCUAGUGAACAUAUUGUUGUACGUAAGAUGAAAGGAGGAGCCCUUUCUUUCAAAAGAUGGCUUCGAGGGCGAAGCCUUUACUGCUCCAAGAUGCUGACCUCCCGAGCUAAAUCCCGCUAUUUAUUCCUCACGUACUUGGUGACACUACAUCUUGUUGUUGUUCUGUGCCUCACUGGCAUUCUCUAAAUGCACUGCAACUGCUGGGUAAAUUAUUUUCCUUUAGAUAAUGGUGUGCCAAUUGAAGAUAAUGGACUUUUCACAUGCUGUUAUUAAACUAUGCACUGGACACAGUUGUAUAUAUCCUCAUUACAAUAUGUGUAUUUUGAACUUCUUUCAAGAAGUUUCUGUAUAUCUCGGUUACUCCAAAGUUGACUUGAAUUGCUCCUUAACAAAUGAAUAUUAUAUUUGCUAAAGAGAAGAUAUUCCCCUCCAAUGCAACCCAUAAAGAAACUGCUGCAUUAUAUUGUUUGGGAAUAUAUAAUGAUUGAAUACUACUGAAUUGGGUUGUAAAUGGUAUCUUUUCUAUAUAAAUUUUAUUUUAAGAGAGUUACACUAUAAAUUUUAAAGUAAUAUCAACUAUUACUGUUUGUUAGCCUCUUGAUCAUAGCAAGAAGCUCUACAAAGUGCAAUAAAAGAAGAAAGCUGGAUUCAUGAUGGAUUUCUUGUCUGGAAAUAAAACUUUAAGAACUGA